CGCCACAAAACAUCCUAACUCUUCUUCACUUUGUAUAUAUAUUAUCUUUCUUUCACAUUCCAUUUUCAUUUCCGUGCCUUAGCUUCUUUGCCUGAGAAUUUCUUUCAUUUUCCCGGAAAAUUUAUUUGCUGAGCCAUGGUUUCGGCUCGUAACACUAUUAGUCAUUCUUUUACUUUUGUUUGUUACCUGUUGAUAGUAUUGUUUUGGGGCUCUUCAAGCUGUUAUGGUUUUGGAACUUUUGGGUUUGAUGUCCACCACCGGUUCUCCGAUCCCGUUAAGGGAAUUCUCGGCUUUGAUGAAUUGCCGGAGAAAGGGAGCUUAGCAUACUAUGCAGCUAUGGCCCACCGAGACAACUUGAUCAAGCGCCGUCACCUCCAAACCAAUGUUGAUCAGACGGCUCCGCUCAUUUUCAACUAUGGGAACGAGACCUACCGGAUUCCCGCUUUCGGAUAUUUGCACUAUGCCAAUGUUUCUGUGGGGACGCCAAGUUCAUCGUAUCUUGUGGCCUUAGACACCGGAAGCGAUGUAUUCUGGUUACCAUGUGAUUGUACUAACGCUUGCGUUCGUUCCGUUGAAUUUUCAAAUAAUGAUGUACUAAACUUCAACAUUUACAGCCCUAAUACAUCGUCCACAAGCCAAAAGACUCCUUGCAAUAGCACCAUGUGUAACCCACAACGAUGUGCUACAGAGGCUCCUGAAUGUCCUUAUCAAGUUCAGUAUCUUUCUAAUGGCACCUCGUCUACCGGUAUCUUGGUAGAGGAUGUAUUGCAUUUAACUACUGAUGAUGCUAAACAGGAAAAAGUUGAAGCGCGGAUUACUUUUGGUUGUGGUAAAGUUCAAACUGGUACAUUUUUGGAAGGUGCCGCUCCCAAUGGUCUUUUUGGGCUUGGCAUGGAGGAUAUCUCUGUUCCUAGCAUCUUAGCAAGAGACAAGCUUGCUUCAAAUUCCUUUUCUAUGUGUUUCGGACCUGAUGGUUUGGGGAGAAUCAGAUUUGGAGAUAAUGGCAGCUUGGACCAAGGACAAACACCAUUCAAUCUUAGGCAAUUGCAUCCAUCUUACAACAUUACUAUCACACAAAUAACUGUGGGAGGAAAUUCUGCUGAUCUUGAGUUCUAUGCAAUUUAUGACUCUGGUACCUCAUAUACAUAUCUAAAUGACCCAGCAUAUACACAGAUCACCGAAAGUUUCAAUAUGAGGAUAAAAGAAAAGCGGCAUUCAAAUAAUUCCGAUGUCCCUUUUGAAUAUUGCUAUGACUUAAGUCCAAAUCAAACUAAUUUUAAAUAUCCUCGACUAAAUCUCACAAUGAAAGGUGGAGAUCAAUAUUAUGUCAUUAAUCCACUGGAGCUGAUGACUGUCGAAGGUGUACGAGUGUUUUGUUUAGCUGUUGUCAAAAGUGGAGAUGUGAAUAUCAUUGGACAGAACUUCAUGACUGGUUAUCGUGUUACUUUUGAUCGUGAGAAGAAGGUGCUAGGUUGGAAGGAGUCUAACUGUUAUGACAAUGAGGAAACCAACACUCUUCCAAUCAACCCUUCAGAAUCUCCUGCUGUUUCCCCCAGUAUUAAUGUUAAUCCAGAAGCCACAGCAGGGAGUAGCAACAAUUCUCAUAUACCAGCACCUAGUUCACCAGCCAAUAGUCAUUCACUCAAGUUCAACUCUUUUACUUUUGUACUAAUUUUGGUUGUUCUUACCCUUUUUGCCAUUGUUUGAUCCUUCUUUUCUGUGGUGAGCGUUUCUCGACCCCUGUAUCAUAUUUAUAUGUAUCAUUUGGUAGGCAUUUCUUUUUCAGGUCAUACUACACAACGAAUUGGAAGUUUCUUUUGCUUCCUAUUUUUUGAAAAACAUUGAUGUAAGACAUGGGGUUGUAUAUAUUUUAUUAUUUUGAUUAUUUAGCCAAA